AUGCUGUAGAGAAAACAACGGUUGUAAGUGCUAGGAGCUAACCACAGAGAGAAGCGGCUCGGAGGGGCAGCGGCGGCUUUUACAUCCUCUGCUUUACUAACAUUUAAUUGCGGCCCGUUUGCUUGGCUCUAGCGGAUACGAAUUUGAUCUUGACACUGUAGGAUUCCUGUUCUUGGCUGCAGGAGUGGAACCCAACGUGGUCUUCUGCUGUUGCAUGCUGAGAUGCUUUUCUGCUCAUCAUGGUUGUAAAGAAUUGCUAUGAGAUGCAGUGACAGUCUGACUGGUGGAUGUUCGCAGACUGUCUUUGCACAGUGUUCACUGGAGCCGGUCUGUCAAGGGAAGAACAGUGUGGGCAGCAUACAUCCCUGUGAGUCGGGCUCUGUAUUUGAUCAGUAAUCUCCUGCCAAGGAGACAGCGUCUGCUGCACACCUUUCACCUGAACCCCCUCCCUCCCCACUGCCAACAUGGUGCUGUCACAGAGACAACGGGAUGAACUAAAUAGAGCAAUAGCUGAUUACCUUCGUUCCAACGGCUAUGAAGAGGCAUAUUCAGUUUUCAAGAAGGAGGCGGAAUUAGAUAUGAAUGAAGAAUUGGAUAAGAAGUAUGCUGGCCUUUUGGAAAAGAAAUGGACUUCAGUCAUCAGAUUACAGAAGAAGGUGAUGGAGUUAGAAUCAAAAUUAAAUGAAGCAAAAGAGGAGAUCACUUUAGGAGGACCUAUAGGACAGAAACGAGACCCCAAAGAAUGGAUCCCCCGCCCCCCUGAGAGAUAUGCCCUUAGUGGCCACAGGAGUCCUGUCACCAAGGUCAUCUUCCACCCGGUUUUCAGUGUCAUGGUGUCUGCCUCAGAGGAUGCUACAAUAAAGGUAUGGGAUUAUGAGACCGGAGACUUUGAACGUACCCUGAAAGGCCAUACAGACUCUGUGCAGGACAUCUCCUUUGACCAGACUGGAAAGCUGCUGGCUUCCUGCUCAGCAGACAUGACUAUUAAACUCUGGGACUUCCAAGGCUUUGAGUGCAUCAGGACCAUGCAUGGGCAUGACCAUAAUGUUUCAUCUGUAGCUAUAAUGCCCAAUGGAGAUCAUAUAGUGUCUGCUUCUAGGGAUAAAACCAUUAAAAUGUGGGAAGUGGCCACUGGGUACUGUGUGAAGACGUUUACUGGCCACAGAGAGUGGGUGCGCAUGGUACGGCCCAACCAAGACGGCUCCCUGAUUGCCACUUGCUCUAAUGACCAAACAGUGCGUGUGUGGGUGGUGGCUACAAAGGAGUGCAAGGCUGAACUGAGGGAACACGAGCACGUAGUGGAGUGCAUCUCGUGGGCUCCUGAAAGUGCCAGUCCGACUAUACUGGAGGCCACAGGCUCUGAGACUAAGAAGAGUGGGAAACCUGGACCUUUCCUUCUGUCUGGCUCCAGAGACAAAACUAUCAAAAUGUGGGAUGUCAGCACUGGCAUGUGCCUUAUGACACUGGUUGGCCAUGAUAACUGGGUGCGUGGGGUGCUCUUCCAUCCUGGUGGAAAGUUCAUUGUGAGCUGUGCUGAUGACAAGACUUUGAGGAUCUGGGACUACAAAAACAAGCGUUGCAUGAAAACCUUGAGUGCCCAUGAACAUUUUGUUACCUCUCUGGAUUUUCACAAGACUGCUCCGUAUGUGGUCACUGGGAGUGUAGAUCAGGCACUAAAAGUGUGGGAGUGUCGCUGAUGUUACCUGCAGGACCUCACGGUUACCACACCCCUUUCACCCCCCGACCCAUUUCACUCUCCCUUCUCCGUCUCGCCUGGAUGCACUCGACCGUCAUGGUUAUGACUCACCUAGCUCUGGUUGAAUAACUAUUGUCCUUUUAUGUAAAUUAUUCUGGAUGUCAAGCUAUUAAAUGUUACACACACACACACACACACACACAAAAAGUAUUCUUGCAUGGUAAAUCCAAAAUUGUAUACUGUAAAUUUGCAUAAUGUCUAGAAGUACCAUAGGUUUAACCCAGGCUGAACUUUGACUCAGCCUUAUCGGCCGAAGGCUUCAACUGAUUGGGUUAAUGUAGGGCACUAUACUGAUAAUUUAAUGACAGUGUCGUUCUUAUGUCUGUUUUUUUUGUUUGUUUGUUUUUUGGUUUGUUUGUUUUUUUAACUUUGUUUAUUAUUAUUUUUGUCACUGUCGUAAACUGUUGGUGCCUAGCUUGGUGAUAUUUUGAAGGGGAAAAGACAACAAAAAGGAAUUCGUUAAAUCCUUGUCUAGAGGGUUUAUCAGAAUAAUCUGUAGCUUUGUAACAUCAUUCUGAAGUAUGCUUACCAUUCUCUUAUUGUGGAACUAGAUAAAAUUUAACAGCUGCAUAUAAGAAUGAUUGAUUCAGACUGUUAUGUUGAGACAUUGGGGAAUAAAUCUUUGUACACUUGUCAUGAAAUGUCCUACUGAGAGCACACAGAGAUGAGGAGAAAUCUUUGAGAUCGGAGAGAACCGCCUCACCUGAAAUUUCCUCUGCAUUAACUGGCCAGGCUGCAUAUGGAGCAGCAGAAACAUGUACGUAGAUUUCGACCCCUUGUUGGUUUUUGUCCUCAGAAGCACUUGAAUUAACAAGCAACCACAACUGCUGCCUCUGUGAAGCACUUGAAUUGGCCACCAGUGCUCUGUCAAUGUAGUGCUAGUUUUUGAAGUUAUACUAAAAGGAAUUCAGUUACUUCUCUGUUCUGGGGUUGUAUCUGUCUACUAGCCAAGAAUCAUGUAGAUUUAACAUCGUCAUUUUGGGAGAUAUGAUGCGAUUUAUGCGGAGCAGGUGUUCCUGUACAGUGCAGAAGUUAUCCACAGUUUGGACAUGACUUGGGCUCAAAGAGUUUCCUAGUGUUGGGUAGGGGAUGUGCAAAGAUCUCCGAUCUGUUUUUAAAUCUGUGGGAUUGAUGGCAACAUCCCUGGUAUAUCAGUAGAAGUUUGCCACUGUUGGAAGUUUUACACUGACGGAUUAUUGGGGAUUUAUCUUAAGGAAUCAAACAAGAUGGUAACAGCUUUUAUGCUUGUCUGCCUGAUCUGUCUAAAGAAAGGCUUGACGGUGGCUCCUGUUGUCAAGUGGUUUUCACAUGCACAGCUGCUCUCCCUCAGCGUGGCACGAUCAGCCCAUAGAGGAACAGAGUGCAGGUGACACUGUGAACAUGUCGCAACAGGAAAGUGCCACAGAUUCAUUACUCAUGUCUUAUGAGCAGCACCACCUCUCCGGUUCAUCUUGCAGUCUGUGUGGGUAAAUGUAAAACAUGGACACUAUGGGAAAUGUACUUAACAAAUCCCAAAAUGGAAGUAAACCAUUCCACAUGUUAAAAAGGAGAGAAACCUGCCUUUAUUUUUGGCAGCAAACUAAAAAUGUUUAAAAAGAAGAAAAAAAAAAUCUAACUUGCACAUCCCUGCUCUUAUAUCUUUAGUCCUUUCAGACUAAAGGUGUAAGCAAUUUAAGAUUUAUUAAUAUGUGCAUAAACCAAUAUCAUUUUAAUUUACCCUUUUCAUUACAAUGCAAUUAUAUAAUAAAGAAUUCCACUGCUUAA